GGGUUGACUGGUCUGACUGGUAUGGACGACCAGAUCUAGUUACAACUUUGCAACCUCCUGCAGCUUCCCCUCAUUGGAUCGGAUGCAAGUGCUCCUUAGCUCCAGAUAUUUUCCCCCUUACUCCCCUGCUCCUUGACAGCCCUGGCCGUGGCAGUUGCUAUGGGUUGUGUUAUGUUUGUGUUCCGGUUGCGUAAGGAUCUGGAAGCAAAUGUGGAAGCUUCGUCCUCAAAUAGUUUUCCCGGUGCCGUCGUGGCUUCUGAUUCGUUCGUGCUACUAAACUGUGAGAUGGAUCAAGAAGCUUGAUCGACCUCACCUCGCCUUUUUUUCCAGUUUCUAUUUCCUUUUGUCUUUCUUUCAUGUCAGCUUCGAGCAGCAUCUUAAACACCUCACUAUACCCAACAACCAUCUUAUAUCGUAACAUUGGAUUCCCACGUUUUAUAAUUCGCAUACCCCGUUAACGCCGGAUGUCCAUAUAAAUCACCCUACACACUGUGCGCAACCUUUAGCCGGCUCUUCUGACGUCAUCAAUAUGGCCGAGAACAACACCAACGGCAUCGAAAAAGUUGCAAAUGGUGAUGCGACAAUUGCCGAGUCGCAACCUAGCAUUCCACCAGCUGCUAAAGAACCCGUAGACGCAGGAGACGAUUCCACGAAGCCGUCGAUUGCGACAGAACCCGCGACUAAGACCGCGACUGACGCUACGACCGGCACUGCAACCGUCGCGCCUAGCUCCGAGCCUGCGGCGCAAACCGAUGCUGCCGGUACUCCCACUCUUCCAAAAGAGGAGUUGACCGAAAAGGUCGGCGAAGCUGAGAAGCUAGCUUCGCAACCGGAAAAUCCGGCCGAUUCUGCGCCCACCCAGACUACCACAGACACUACGACAGCCGGAGCCUCGUCGCUUACUAACGGUGAAACCAAGGAGCUCCCCAAGCCAGUCACCGCUGAAGAAAUUCGUGAUCAGGAUCUGCCGGACGCUGCUCCUACCGAGAUGACUGGAGCACUUCCUGUUGAUGAACCGGCGGAGAACGCGCCAAAAGUUGAUGAUGCGCCGAAAGCUGAUACCGUUCCAGCAGUUUCCGAGGCUGAAAAGUCGGAAAUUAGCACCGGAGAUAAGCGCAAGCUUAGUGAGGCAUCCAAUGAUGGUGAUGAUGCCGCUGAGAAACCUGUGGAAGACGCGCCGGUUGAGAAGAAGCAGAAAACUAACGGAGCUACUACUAACGGCCCGCCUAAGAAAGUCGGUCGACCAAAGAAGGACAAAAAGGAAAAGAAAGCCGCUCCGUCCGUAGGCAGAACUGCAAGGAAAACCCGAAGCCAGGGAGCAGCUGAUUGAAUGACCUGUGAUAUCGUCCGAAAUAUAAAAUUCUUCGUCAUUCCCUCUUUACCAUACAUCAAUUGGGGUUGCUUUGCUUUCUGUAUGUUUAUGGAACCAAAUGGGGCGGGCGCUGUGUGGGAGUCAUGGCUUCUCUGGUCUAAAAAGGCGGAAUGUUUUCACGCCCAUGCUUUUGUGUACAUAUUUGAC